UUACUUCCAUCUUUAUAUCAAGAAAAAAGGCUUCCAAGAAAUUCUAUCACAUUUUAAAAGAAAUUUGAAAGGAGACCUGCCGAAAUAAUUAAUUCCAAAAUUUCUUCAUGAAUCAAUGUAAAGAUGUCAAAUUCAAGUGCCUUUCCAGGCGAAGUUGAUUCACAACCUGGUUUCAAACCUAAUUAUGAUCCAUUGCAAAGUAUUUCUUCUGGUAGAUUUUGCAAUAUCCAACUUUGUAAGCCUUCCUCACUAAAACGUUGCGGCACUGUCGAGCGCAGUGUCGGUGUACCUAAAGAUAAAGCAUAUAAUUCCAACUAUGUGCCAACACUGUCGUCUAGAGGUGCUCAUGAAAUGAUACCCGAUUCUAAUCUGGGCACUAAUAAUGCUCAUUUACAAUCAUUACAAUCUCAAUUACUGAAAAUCAAGACCAAUUCUAAUGAUUUGCCUUUAUCCAGGUUCUUUACUCGAAAAACAUAUGCUGUAUUAUUCUUGCUUUUCCUUUUUGCGGGUUUCGUCCUGUAUGGUGCAGUAUUUAGUGAAAUAUCAAAACGGAUUUCUGGUGUUUUUAUAUCAAAAGCUGGCAUAUUGUCAAACUUAGUUAUUCAUCAAAUGCCUACAAUACACCAAAAUAAGGAAAUUGAGACAAUUUGUUCAAUAAAAAGUACAGAUUCUAAUUUUUGUAAUGUAACUGAAGAAAUGAAUAAACAUAUCAGAAUUUCUAAAACAGCUGAGAAAAAUUCUGAGCUAAAGUAUUCGGCUGUACAGUCUACUCUGAAUUUUUGUGAUCAUAAAUUUAUUCUGUCUGAACAAAUUGAGCCAUUUGAAAAACUGUUUUUAGCCACCAUGAGAAAAUUGAUUUACAAUGCUACAGAGACUGGUUCCUCCUAUUUCUUUCAUGAAUGGUUACAAUCGAUAAUAGCAGGUACCAUAGAAAAUAAUACUCAAAGACUAAAGCUCGAAUUUCAAACAUUAAAAGAUACAGCUCCUCCCACGCAUUGCUGUACACAGAAAAUGGCUGAAUGUAUGGUAAAAGACUAUUCUAAGUCCAAAGAAAAAGCUGAAAACACCAUUGAGAUGCCGAAUACAUCUAACAAAGAAUAUAUAGCUAGUAUUUUCCGGGAACUCUUUGAUGAAAUGAUGUUACGUUAUGAUACAGAAAAAAAGAAAUUAGUAGAUUUUGCCUUGAAAUCAGCAGGUGGUAAAGUUUUGUCAGUUAAGCAGACUGAAAAUUAUUUUGAAAGGAAAGUCUCAUAUGGUUUUUUAAAUUACAUAAAACUUAUAAAGCUGCAGAAUUCUCCAGAGGAAGCUAUACAGGUCUGAUAGUGAUGAUCAAGGAAAAGCUUUUGGGAUAUAUUCAUAUAAUUUGAAAGGAUAUCCGGUGCAAUAUUUUCCUGUUCAGAAUAAAUUUAAUCAGCCAUUCAAAUUUGUGGAGUUACGGAUUCUCUCAAAUCAUGGAAAUUCAGAAUAUACCUGCCUUUACAGAUUCAGAGUCCAUGGAAUAAUUGCCAAANAGAAAAAAUUUUUGAAAUAG